UCUUUGUUUGGUGAAUCUGUUUGGCUAGGUAAUGGCGGCUCAAGAUGUGUGGAGUCGCCGAUUUCCAGGGGACUAGGAGGAGCUCCAUCUUCUUCUCCUCCUCCUCUUCCUCCUCUUCCUCCUCGCGAUCGCGAUGCUUCUUGGCGGCCAUCCGAGGCGCCGCGGAUAGAUCGAUCGAUCGAUCGAUCGCGCGCCUCCAAGCUGUUCUUAUUGGGAAUUUCGCGCAGAUGAGAGCGCUGGAGCUAGAUUCAAGCUAGAAGCUGCCGCGGCAGCAGCUAUUAGGGUAAGGAUCCCCCUAUGAGGCAAGCAUGGGAAUUUCUUUCGGCUGUUCUGCCUCGGGGGAGAGGUUAGUCUCCGCGGCUCGCGAUGGCGACCUCGAGGAAGCGCAAGCACUGCUCCAAUGCAAUCCCCGGCUUGCGAAGUACUCCACUUUUGGUGCCAGGAACUCGCCGCUACACUUUGCGGCAAUGCAGGGUCACAAUGAGAUCGUAACUUUGCUGCUGGAGCAUGGUGUUGAUGUCGAUACCAGGAAAUAUUGCGGCCAGACCGCAUUGAUGCAAUCAUGUCGGCAUGGUCACUGGGAGGUUGUCCAGACAUUGAUUCUCUACAAUGCAAACGUUAACAAAGGGGACUACCUUAACGGGUUGACGGCACUCCAUUUUGCCGCACUCAAUGGCCAUGCACGAUGCUUGAGGCUUUUGGUCGCGGACUACGUCCCAAGUGCUCCAAGCUUUUGGGGUCCACGAAGAAAUCUGUCCGUGCCAGACCAGGGCCCUGAUUGUGUAAGCGAAGAGACGACGUCUUUGAGAAGUUCUCUUUACAAGCUUAUCAACAAGACUGCUGACGGAGGAGUAACAGGUCUUCAUAUGGCUUCCUUGAAGGGGCACGCAGAGUGUGUGCAUCUGUUACUGGACUUGGGAGCCGACGUCUCGGCACUUACGUUUCAGUAUGAUACGACCGUCGACAUGAUAGGUGCGGGAAGCAGUCCUUUGCACUAUGCAGCUUGUGGAGGGAGCAUACAAUGUUGUCAGAUGUUGUUAGCGAGAGGUGCUAACCAUCUGGCAAUAAAUUGCAACGGGUGGAUUCCACAACAGGUUGCUCAGGUCUGGGGCCGGCAUUGGCUAGAUGGAUUGCUUGCACCGCGCUCGCAAUGUCCCGUGCAGCCACUUGGAUUGUCCCCGUUCCUGACUUCGCCUCUAAUGAGCAUCAUACAGAUUGCAAGAGAAUGCGGCUUGGGUGACAUGAGCAUUCUAGCGUCUGGAAUGGACUCCUGUGCCGUGUGUCUAGAGAAAAUUUGCACAGUUGCUGCAGAAGGAUGUGGACACGAACUUUGUACAAGAUGUGCUCUCUAUCUCUGCUCGAACGGCACGAGCAUGUCCGAUCCAGCGGGAGCUGUUCCGUGUCCGCUAUGCCGGCAAGGCAUCGUCUCCUUCAGAAAGCUCCCUUCGGCUUCGCCUAUCAAAGACCUGACGAGAUCGUCGGCACUGGGCCUCUGUACAACGUGCACGGUGGACGAGCCUGAAGCGCUAUUUCCAUCGGAGUUCUCCUGCAGGGCGGACAAGAGAAGCAGAGUUUUGCCGCUCUCCCCAGUCGGGAGGAGCGUUACGUGCACGGGAUUCUCGACUAUGAACCUCCCUUGCGGUAAAUAUGAUCCAGCUCUUGCUACUCCAGACCAGGCGGAGGCUCAAGAAACCCGAGAUCACCAUCCGGAGUGGUCACUAGAGGGAGGAUCUCACGAAGAAGCUCAAAUUCCAGCUUCAGCUCCAGCGCCAGAUCGAGCUACAACUCCUCGCUCCUUGUCCGAGUCGGCUCUGCGAUCGAAAUCGCCCAAGAGAGGCUGGCUCCAGGAUUUUGUAGCGUGGAAGCAAAAGCACAAUUGCUCCUCCAAGCCCACCUCGAGCUAGCGCCAAAAAUUCAAAUUUGAAUGGAAUAUUUCUAGGGUUAAGGUUUGGAGUGAC